GGUGAUCGAUAAUCAUCAGCUGAAAGAGAACGUCAAUCAAAGACGUUUCGCACAAAGGCAAGCAUCAAAAUAAACUGCCGAGAUUUCUAAAUUACAUAUUUUAAUAAAGCAGAGGUAGAAAAUAUUCGGAAGCCAAAUAUAUACUUCAACUGCGAAAUCAUGGCCAGUAAUAAGAGUCCAAUGACUGAUAUAUCAAAAGAGGCCUGGAUGAACAGACUACAAGGACUUCAUAUUACAAGGGGCGACAUGAACAAACUAGUGAUGAAUUAUCUAGUCACAGAGGGGUUCAAGGAGGCUGCCGAGCGAUUCCAAUCCGAGUCCAGUACUAAACCCAUGACAGAUCUAGAUACACUGAAUGAAAGGAUACAGAUAAGAGAAGCAAUCCAAGAUGGCCAUAUUGAAGAUGCUAUAGCAAAGGUCAAUGACCUUCAUCCAGAACUACUAGAUAACGACAGAUAUCUCUACUUUCAUUUACAGCAACAACAUCUAAUAGAGCUGAUACGUAACAAGGACUUGGAGGGUGCACUUACAUAUGCACAGACGCAUCUAUCGGAGAGGGGAGAGGAGAGUAUGGAAGUAUUGCCGGAGCUAGAGAGAACGUUAGCAUUGCUUGCGUUUGAAGACCCAGCAUGCUCACCUUUUUCUGAUCUCCUUCAUCCUUCACAAAGACAAAAGGUUGCAAGUGAGUUGAAUGCAGCCAUUUUGGAAGCCGAGAAUCGGGAAUCGACUCCCAAACUAACCAACCUCCUCAAACUAUUGCUCUGGUCACAGGAGCAGCUGGAUGCUAAGAAGGUCAAGUUUCCAAAGCUUAAAAACCUUGCCUCAGGGGAAUUUGAAGAUCCUAAAUAGAUUCUUUGAAGACACUACAUUUCUAUAUUUAUAUUCCAUGACAAUCGAUCAACUCUUCAGCAGGAAUUUAUGAAAGGCUGAAUGAUUAGCGAUGGAUUUCUCGAACACAUUGAUAUUGUGCUAUUUCAUUUUCUUUGUGGAAGUGAAAAACUCUGAUGAAUAAAAAAAACGAUCUUGCAUACAUCAGGGAUGCCAGUGGCAAAUGGUCCCAGGGCCUGAACUUUUUUUGGAAGGUAAAUUAUGUGCGCGAAGCGCACAUGAUGAGCGCGAAGUCCCAUUCGGCCGGGGUCCAGCUCUAGCUCUAGGGUUCUAAAUGGUCUCUGAUGCAAUCUGAGCCUAUUUUAGGGAUCAUUUUCCCAAAAAUUUAGCUCAAGUUUUGGGCAUUUUUUUAUGUUGCAGAGCCUCAACUUACAAUUAAUUCAUGAAAAAUAUUUAUGUCGUGAUGAAGUCUACAACAACAUACACGUAAUUACUGUACUCUGUACUGUCUGUAGUCAGAAAAUAAUCCGAGAGAAACGUUCCACUAUUGUCUUUGUUCUCCAACCACUUCCACUAGAAUUUGUUCUUGAUUCCACUGUCUAUUUGCUUAAUGUUGGUUCCUCUUUCAACAUCCAUACUUGUUGAAAAAUUAUUAUUAAAUCCACAAUCGAAACGGAGAAUCAGCUCAGUAUAACAACGUGAAUUGAACGGGAGCGCGAAAACACAGUGUACGGCCGGUAUAGGCAUUCACAUCCCGCAGCGAAUGCAUGGCCAUGCAACCCAUGUCACUAUUGCAUUGGUAUUACACUAGACUCAAAUACAGUUGUUUUAUCAAAAUUCAAAGUUACGUUCAGAAUCCAUACACGUUAUAAUGUACAGCGAUCAGUCACCACCAAUCACAUACAUACAGUGCAGUCUAGCAAAAUGCGACCAUAUACACACACACGCACAAAACCCUUGAUUAAAACUAGCGUUUAACUGACUGGCUCGUACGAGUCUAAUUCCAUUAUAUCACAGGAUUUUUUCUUGCACAUUAGCUUAGGUACAUAUAAUAGCCGUACGGAGCAAAGACAUCUCAUUGAACGGCCGGAUCUGGCCGUUGACAGUUCUGUCCGGCCUGAGAAAACUCGACCAGCCGGAACUUAAGGUAAAAAAAAUGAAAAAGCCGGAAUUCCGGCUAUAGCCGGAACUCUGGCAUCCCUGAUACAUGAAUAUUACUUAGUUGACAGAAAAGACAGAAGUAUGUGUGUAUUGUUUGAUUAUUUGUUGUUUUAUAUGCAAUGAUUUCCAUGCUGAAAUUUUGCAAGAAAAAACGUCAUACAAUUACUUGUUUAUGCAUUUUCUGUUACCUAUAACAACUGCGAAAGAAAUCACUCUCUUCAGUGGAUAUCAUCUGUGAUCCUUUACAAAGACUGCUGGUCAGAUCAAUUUACAUGUAUUAAGGAUGAUUUCAUUCUGGGACUGUUCAAGAAAAAAGAAGCAGUAGUGUUACCUAGUUUUUAUUGAUUUUAAAAAAUAAAAAUAACAGGGUCAAGGCAUAGUUAAAGCUUCAUUUUUUUUUCUUAAAAAUAUCGCUCAUUUUCUACAGCUUAAAAUUAUCUUGAAACAGGAGUAGACAGAAGCCUGUUUCUUGGAACAUGUUGUACAACACCUAAAUCAUCAUACGCAAGCAAAUGAGAGGCUGAAUGCCCAACAUUUGUACCAUCACAUACGUACCAUCCUAAAUGUACCAUUGCAUGGUUAAGUUAAAGAAGAUUCAAUUCAUUGUGCUUAAUUAAUGUAGGGCCUACUUUAUACAUGUAGCUAAAUGCAAAUUUGUGAACUGUUUACUACAAUGCGCGGCUUGAAUCUUGGGGAGAUUUUGCUUUUGUGCUUACGAUAAUUAUGGACUAACGUAGCAAUGGACUUAUUAUUGUUCCUUUUUUCGCUAACUUUGAAGGCGUUGUACAACACAAAUAGCGAAUAUUUAUAUUUUUGCAGUGGUACAAAGAUUUCGCAUUUUGUGAUUCAAGAGAAUUGCCUUGUUGAUCAGGGCAUUUUUCUCUCAUACCAUUGCACUCGUGCGUAUUCGCUAUUUUUGUACACUAUAAAUGCAAAACAACUAUCAUAAGCUAUUGAAAUGGUGCCAUUUAGGUGGUUAUUAGCAAAUUUUGUCAUAGAGAUCGAACUCUUGUUAUUAGUAACAACAAUGCAGUUGUUUUAAAAGAAUUACACCAAAAUUAUCUACACAGAAUUGUGUGGACAAACUCAUUACAUCACCCCUCAUAAAUAUUGGGUAAUGUAUUCAUGACACGAUAGAAGCAAAAAGGACUAGAAUUUGAGACUUUAAGCAUAUAUUGUGCAUUUGUUAGCAAAAAGUGGUCAAUACGUCCAACUAUGUUAGAACACCAAUUAUGCUGGGAUUCUUUGUUGAUCAUAAUGGUGAUUUGUUUGACUGGGGCUUCAAGUUGAAAAUUAGUUUAGUUUCACCCAAUGAUUAGUGCAUUCUGAAUUUUCUAAUGUUUGUAGAGGAGCUACCUGGUUCUAGUAUGCAAUGGGUUAACAAGUGAAAGAAUGCCAUUAUUUUGUUAGGACAAGCUUCUCAGUUGGUGUAAAUUUCAAUUUCUAAUAUGAUAAAGAGUUCAAAAACAACAUUUCCCAGCAGUUACUGUUUUAAGACAGUAAUAGGAAGUUUUUGUUCUCAAGAUCAUGAGAGGUAAACAAUUCUAAAAUACUGAUCCUUUCUGGCCAAAAGACUUGAUCCCAGGGGGCGUUUUACAAAGAUAUAAGUGUGAUUUUAAGUUGAGCUUACAUAGUGCCACCGCUCACAUGAUAUUAAACACACACUCUCAUUGACUAAUAUGCAAUGGCGCACAUCCUGUGAGCAUGAUUUGAUCAAUCUGACGAUGUGUAUAAACUGCACGCUCCUGGAAUUAAGUGCUACUCUCACACACACACACUUAAAGAGAUGGUCCGGGCUGAAAGUAUUUAAAGCUUAAUAAAUAGAGUAGAAUUUACUGAGGAAAAUGCCGAAAAUUUCAUCAAAAUCGGAUAACAAAGUUAUUUAAUAUUAUAGUUUAGCAAUAUUUUGUGAAAACAGUUGUCAUGAAUAUUCAUUAGGAGGGCUGAUGAUGUCACAUCUCCACUUGUUCUUUUGUAUAUUAUUACAUGAAAUUAGGUUUAUUCAAAUUUUUUCCUCCAAGAACUAGAAAAAUUGGAUUGACAACUGAUUUAGUGCAUUAGAUAUUUAUUGCUGCAACUUAUUUCAUUAUAAGGGAGACAUAUUAUUCACACAAGUAUGAAAUAAUGAAAAAAUUAUGAUUUUAUGUAAUAACAUAAGAAAACGGAAAGUGGGGAUGUGACAUCAUCAGCCCACCUAAUGAAUAUUCAUGAUGACUGUUUUCACAAAAUAUUUCUAAACUUUAAACUUCAAUAACUUUAUUAUUUGUUAUAUGAUCUUGAUGAAAUUUUCGGCAUUUUGCUCAGUGAAUUCUACUCUAUGUAUUAAGAUAUAAAUAUUUUCAGCCUGGACCAUCCCUUUAAAUCCUUGUGAUACCCCCCCCCCCCGCGGUCAUAAACCAAACUCUCUGUCUUUGCAUAUCAGAUGUUAUUGCUAUUCUUUACCAAAUUACCUUCAUUGAAAUUUGUGAGAUACAAGAACCCAUCAUCAUCAUCAUCAUCUUAAUAAUUUUAAAGACGUAUCAUAGUGAUGGUGAAUUUUCUUGUUUGCAUUGAACGAUAUAUAUUGCAGCAAGAAUAAAAUUGAUUUGAUGAAUUCUGCCUAAUACCACGUCAUACUUGGUAAAAAGUGAUAUAAAAUCAUGGACUAUGAUUUUAAAGUUAGCAAUGAAUGAGUAAACUGUAAAUAAAAUAAUCAUAUUAUACCUCA